AUGCCUUCUUCCUUACUAUGGAGCGUAGGGUCGCUCGCCCUCUCCUCGAUGAUCCUGCCCGCUACCGCCAGCAGCUACGAAUUGGUCCAGACCUGGAAGGGCGAGGACUUCCUCGAGUUGUUCGACUUCUACACGGGCGCCGAUCCCACCAAUGGCUUCGUCACCUACUCCAACCAGAGCUAUGCCGAGAGCACCGGCUUGGUCAAGGUUAACACCAACGGCAGCUUCUACAUAGGGGUUGACCACACGAAUACAAUCAGCACCACCGGCGCCGGCCGUGAGUCGGUCCGCAUCGAGAGCAACAAGUACUACGACCAAGGUCUGUUCAUCAUCGACUUGGCGCACAUGCCCGGCAGCGCCUGCGGCACCUGGCCCGCCUUCUGGUCCACGGGUUCGAACUGGCCCGACGACGGCGAGAUCGACAUCAUCGAGGGCGUCAACAAGAACGAGGCCAACGAGAUCGUUCUGCACACCAGCGGCACCUGCGACAUCUCCAGCCAGACCAUGACCGGCACGCUGUCCACGACCCAGUGCGGCGAAGACGCCGGCACCGGCGGAUGUGUGGUCAAGGGCACUGAGGGCUCCUCCGGCACCGAGUUCAACGAGAACGGCGGUGGGGUGUACGCCAUGGAGUGGACGAACGAAUAUCUCAAGUUCUGGUUCUUCGCCCGCGACGCCAUCCCCGCCUCCAUCACCGACGGCACCCCCAACAUCACCGCAUUCGGCACCCCCAUGGCCCACAUGCAGGGCUCCUGCGACUUCUCCGAAAGGUUCAAGGCCCAGCGCUUCAUCUUCGACACCACCUUCUGCGGCGACUGGGCCGGUGGCGUCUACAGCACCUCCGGCUGCCCCGUCAGCGACAGCAGCAGCUCGUUCAAGAGCUGUGUCGCCUACGUCGCCGAGAACCCCACCGCCUUCGAGCAGUCCUACUGGGAAAUCAACUACAUUGAAAUCUUC